ACUUCGGUGAGGCAGUAGUGUGCAAAUACACAGCUCCCCCAAAACUGCGAAGUUGAAAUCAGGCGCAGGGCAGGAACCGUGGUCGGGAUGGGGCUUCACCGGCUGUAGUGGGAAUGUUAAUAAACAAACCUGCUCGGAAACUGCCCCAACACACAACUGUCAGUGUGUGAUGUAUGCACAGCAAACACUGCAGGGCCAUGAAAGGUCCUCCGAGCAGGCUGAACUGGAAUGUCUCUGAUUGAGACAGUGCGGAUACUGCGUGGAAACCCGCAACCACUAAAGCAUCGACCGUCUCCAGAUACGUUUGUGAAAAUCUAUCGCCGUUGCUGCAACGUGAACUCGCUUUGCUCAACGUGUGAGCUCAUUUCCCAAGCGCUGUUGGCAGGAACAACUCAGGGGAACUUCCUCCUCCUCUAGUCUUACCGACGGAAGGUCCCAGGUUUCAAAAGGAAUUGCUAUCGCCUUCCCUCAGUUGCAUUGGUUGGUGUCGACGUCAAUCUUAUUUUGGAGUUCGGUUGUCUGCAGUAAUAUGGUAGUGAAUGUUGCCGUCGAGGUUCUCGAACCAGCAGCCUAGUGCAGGGAGUACUUCAUCAGUAAUGGUGCUUCAGAAGCCCCCUUGUUUCCACUGACCGCGUAAGAAACCUCACCUAGGCGAAAGAGCUGGCAAUACACUGUUCCUUCAUCUACUGAUGGUUUCGCCUUGUUGAAAAUAAAACUUGGGACCACAAACUACUGAAUCAAAAACAGAACAUGUUGGAGAAACACACAGAAGAUCAGUCAGAAUGUGGGAGAUGAUUGAAGUGUUUUGAUUUCAGAUUUUGGGGACCUGGCUUACCUGUGAGGAAAGAUGGGAAACUCUGAGAGUCACUCACUGCAAGGAGCCUGGCGAAGUCAAUUUUCAGCUGAAGAACGGACAUUUCUGAGUGAUAUCUUUGACUCUAUUUCUGGAUCCAAUACCCCUGAAGAAACAAAGGGCGGAAAAGCUCCUAAGCAGCAGCUUACCCUGGCCAUGUUAAAGUUCAUAGAAGAUAUGAUCAUGUCAGUGAUUCACUUAUUAAAGCACGAGAAGAUGUUAAGGGGAUGGAGCAUGGAGAAAACGGGAGACUGUAUUUUGGGUACAUCACGUCUCACUGCUUAUCUGAUGUCUGAGUUGAAGGCUAAAGGUGAAGAUCUGUCUGCAGAGUAUUUGCAUACUGUAGAAUUUGGACAGAGUGCCAUAAAGGACUGGGUUUACAGAGCCUCUCAGAUCUCUAGUUUUCUCCAUGCACUGGUCGCUAUGGCCCUUCAUCUUACAAAAUCACAGUACAAAGGUGAACUCUUCAGUCCAAAUCAGGUGCUGCCACAGUGUUUGGGUAUAAAAUAUUCUGGGAUAUUUACUGUUUUGGACAUCCCUUCCGUCAUUUAUCUCAAACCCAACUUGCCUUCAGGGAACCAAAGCCAAUGGAAGCUGUUGUUCUCCUCUCAAGCCCAUGGGGAAAGCUUCUCUCGUUUUUCCACUCAGAUUCUUCACAAAGGACCAACAUUAUUGAUUGUAAAGGAUUCACUUGGAUACAUCUUUGGUGGCUUUGCCUCCUGCAGCUGGGAGCUAAAGCCACAGUUCCAAGGGGAUAGCAGAUGCUUUUUAUUUACUCUUAGUCCAAAUCUGGGGAUCUACACCUGUACAGGUUACAAUGACCACUACAUGUACCUAAACCAUGGCCAACAAACCAUGCCAAAUGGACUUGGCAUGGGAGGACAGCACGAUUACUUUGGACUGUGGAUUGACAGUAACUAUGGUAAAGGCCACAGCAAAGCCAAGCCACGGUGUACAACUUACAAUAGUCCUCAGCUGUCUGCCAAGGAACAUUUUACUAUUGAUACCGUGGAGGUUUGGAUGGUGGGGAAUCUCCCUGAAAGUGAUCUGACUAAGACCAAGAGUGUACUAGACACCGAUCCUGAAGCACAAGCCUUGCUGGAAAUGAUUGGAAAGACGAGGGUGAGUGAUGGACUGCGAGAUCCCGGUGGAGACGAAGAGGAAGAAUGAAGUGAUUCCUAAAAGUGGAAGUGUGGAAUAAAAAGUACAAUGUAAUACAAUGUCACCAUUAUUCCUUAAAACAGGAGAAAUCCUAAAUUAACCAGCUGAUGAAGGCAGAAUCUUCUGUUCUUCCACAUGAAAUAACAAUCAAACAAAGCACAUUGAAAGAUUUGCUCAGUUUUACAGAAUGAGCAUAUGGGCAGCAGAGUAUCGUCAAUUGAUUCCUGGGCUGGUUUUCACAUAAGGUAAUAGAAUUAGAUGAUUAAUUGUUCUGACCUGAACAUAGCAGAUUUGCAAGAAAGAAAACAUAGGAGGUAAGGAAGACCAGGUAACUUUUUUAGGGGAAGAAAUUUCACUGAAUUUAUUAUACCUAUCUCAGUAUAUUUCACCCAUCACCUAGCACUGAGCAGCAUGAAUUUAGUUUGUUGCAAUUGCUCGGGCCUCAUUUGGAGGCAAAUAUAUGAAAAUAAUUUGUACCAAGUUAAUAUUUGCCUUGCAUGGGAGGUUAUAGUGCAGGGAACUCUAUUUCAGAUUUUGUAUUUUUUUUCUCUAAAUCUAAUCUGCACCUUCAUCAAAUGGAUUAAGAUAUUGGUCAUUUAGUUGCAUAGUAUUGUGAUUUAUAUAACACAAGUAACUGCAAAACAUGCAUUAUUUAAUACUGCUGCAAAAUGAAUUGUGAUGCUCUAAUUUACGUUUUCAUGAGAAAUAUCUCAGCAAAGUUCAGUAUGUUUAAAAGAGACCAUAGUCAUGCUCAGUAAUGAAGCAUCUAUGUUGUACUAUUAAAAGUAAGGCAUA